AUGGCCGGACAAAAUCAAACUUUUGCCGAAGAGUCUGUUGAUAGAGGCGUUUGGGACGCAAUUUUAAAUGGUCCAUUUGUUCCUAAAACUACUGAGAACGGUGUUGACGUUCUUAAACCUAUUUCUAGAUGGACUCGAGAAGAAAGUCGAAAAGCACAAUUUGAUUGCACAGGAAAUGUGAGAAAUGCUAAGGGUGACCCACGAAGGAACCGACGACGUCAAAAGAGCACGUACAAAUUCUUUAAUCCAAGAAUACGAGAUGUUCGGAUGCAACCCGGCGAAACGAUUUUCGACGUUCGAAACGUUUCACUCAUAUCGUAA